AUGGCAACCUCUAUGACUCUGCUUUUUGCACUCUUCCUCUCCAUUAUUUCUUCUUCCUCCUCCUUGUUCUCUCAUAAUAAUAGCUUAAGUGGCUUUAGGACCAGUAUCAUCCACCGUGACUCUCCUCAAUCUCCACUCUAUAACCCCAACUCAACAGUCUCCGAUAGAAUCAAAGCAGCCAAAAUGCGUUCCUUGGCUCGCCACCGCCGCUAUUUCAAUUCUCCUGAUGAUUUGACAGCCCCAGUAAUGUAUGGACGUGGGGAGUAUCUCAUCCAAUUAAGUAUUGGAACCCCACCUAUUGAGAAUUAUGCAAUUGUAGACACUGGUAGUGAUAUAAUAUGGCUCCAAUGUUUCCCCUGUGAAUAUUGUUACCCACAGAUGGGCCCUUUCUACGUUUCCACGCAAUCUUCAUCCUAUGAAAGGAUCAAGUGUAAUACAACCGAGUGUAAUGCCGCAAUCGGGGCUUGCUAUGGAGGUGAUAAGUGUAGGUAUGAAGUGGCAUACCAGGACGAUGCAUACACACGCGGGUACAUUUCUUAUGAAACCCUAACCUUUAGGGAUACCAAGAAUGGUGAAAGUUUCCCUUUAUACAAAAUAAUCUUUGGUUGUGGAGUCGAUAAUAGGGACACUCCUGGAGUUCAUGAACCAGGUCCACCAGGUCUUAUUGGUCUCAACCUUGGCCAAUUAUCGUUUAUUAGACAGAUUUCAUUUGAUCAUUUCGCUCAUUGCUUCAUCCCUGAUGACAACAAGGAAGCCACCAGCCCAAUGACUUUUGGAUUGUCAGCCAUUUUUGAAGGUGCAAGAGCACCAAUGAAAUAUUUUCCAGGUCACGAUGAGUAUUACCUAAACUUGGUAGGAAUUAGUGUCGGAGACACUAGCAUACAGAUCCCACCUGGAGCUUUUGAUGAUGUCAAAGAAGAUGGCCAAGGAGGUUUCAUGAUAGAUUCGGGGACAACAUUUACAAUAAUACACUCCGUUGUGUAUAAGAAUAUACUCACUGAAGUGUCAAAGCAGGCAUUUUACGAUUCAGUUCCAGACACAACGCAUGCAUUUGAUCUAUGCUAUGAUGUGAAGAUGAGUGAUAUUGAGUUUGGAACACCAGAUAUAAAGCUUCAUUUCUUUGGUGGAACUGAUCUGGUUUUGAAAGGAAUAAAUGCAUGGGUAGACAAUGGUUAUGGGUUAGUAUGCCUGGCUAUGUUGAGCGCAGAUAAAGAAUAUGAAUAUUCUAUUUUGGGGAACCAUCAACAGCAAGACAUUCACGUUGGGUAUAAUUUGAAGGAGAGAUACCUUACUUUUAAGCCAAUGGACUGUACUGAGUUGUAA